UAGAGCUUUACAUGGUAAAUCAAAGACCAAUUAUUUACUUGUGAGCUUUGGUUAGUUUAUUGGGACUUGGCUGAACUCGCUCGACACAUUCAGACGAAAUGGAUAUUUGCAGUAUCUUGUUUGUUUUAGGCUCCCUUGUCAGCAUGGUUGGUGGUCAGGCGGAGUGUGAAAGGUACAGCACUAUAGCUCUGGAGGAGGUAAAGUGUCGGCCGUACGUAAAAUACUUCAACAUGGUCGUACCCUGGUUCUUCGGUCACGACGAGGCACUCACCAACGAGGAGCUAUUGAAUGAGGUCAAGGAUAAAUGCACGAACCAAAUUCAGAGUUACCGAUGGUGCGUGUCGAAGCUGUCCGAGCAGUGUCCCCUCCAGACCGCGGUUCUUCACCGAGUGACCGAGGAGAAUGUGAAUUUCUACUGCCAGGGCACAGACGCAGCUGCUUGGAUAAGGCAAUAUUUAAGCGACCCGUUCUUGUACGAAUGGGUAUGUAUGAAGCAGGCGAUGUCGGUUUCAACUCAGUGUGCGGUGGAGGUGAAUACGCCCGACCCACUUGCCGCCAACUGGGACCUCGAGACCGGAAUUUCCGCCCUCCAGAAGAACGCAGACAAAUUGUUUGGGUGCAUGAGGCGGAAGUUGGCAGAGGAACACCGGGCAUCCAGCACGUGCACAGCUUCCCCUACGGAUCAGCUGUUCUACUUUUGGGUCCACUGGUCUUUCAACUCAGUCCUAGGCUUUCACAUCUCGCCACAGGCCAGACAGGCGUUCGACGUCAACGAUUUCACGAGAAAAUCCACCGAGGAGCGUUUGGUGCAGUUCCUUCGCAGCAUGGGCAAACCGAAAUAGCAAAGAAUUUCCCUUCGGCCGAAGACAGUCACCUUGGGACCGAAUUUCAAUGACACAAACAUUGUAUAAUCGAAGAACAGUUAUAAGUGAUGCCUUAUUUUGUGUUUAUGCAUGUUUAUAUGAAUGUACUUUAAUUUUUUAUGAUAUAGUUGAUAAAAGAAAAAAAACAUGA